AUGCAUUACCAACAAUACGUGUCGUUGUGUCUGGUGGGUUUGGUUCUGGGACAGGCGGCCAGCUUGCCGCAGCAUCCCCAGUAUUCACAGCAGAUCGAGCAUCGGCCUCGAGAGGACCGAAAGUUCGCGGAGAAACCGAACGCGAUGAAGAAAGUCGCCAUCGAUGAUUUGAACGAAGUCGGGACGAACCAGAUUCAGGAGGGUAAUGGCGGCAGCAGCUUCUCCUGGUCGAACAUGUUGGGUGUGCUGAUGAGACUGUUGCUCGGCCGUGUGGCGGGCGACAACGAGGCGAGCAAAAACGAAAUCGCCGAAGACGGUGUGCCAGCCAGCCCGUGGGCGAACGCGGUCGCGGUUGGCCUACGAGUGAUCACCGCCCUGAUCGGUGGCCCCCAGCACGGUGAUAUCGAGGGCAUCGACAAGGUCAGCCACGACGGAAGCCCUAUGCAGGUAAGUAGAAUUGAGACACCGUAAGUCGGGGUAACUUUGACUCAUUAGUCAGGAUACGAUAAUGUCGUUUCCAUUCGACAACAGUUCAUCGGCAUAGUGGUGAACCUUCUGGACGCUCUGAAGACUUCGUUUUCCCAUCGUUCGUUCACGGCCAGAUCAGCUGGCAGACGGGACACAGUUUCGGAGGCCGCUGUGGCGUCGAUCACUAUGCUCAAGGGUUAUAUGAGGUCGCUGAAGACCUUCAGCAACGUGGGUCGCGCAGAGGAAGAGGGCCAGCAAGGCUGCGCCGAGAGAGCCCUCUGCGAGGCGAGCGCAGAAUGCGCGGCAGACGCUCAGGGGACGACGUCAAUCUUCUGUCAGCUUGGAUCGUACACGACGAGCUACAUACUUCAAAUGCAGAGUGGCAUCGGCUUCGAGACGCUCUACGAGGCUGGUCGUCGCGGACGGACCGGGCAGGACUGCAGGACCCUGUUCUUGGACUGCAACGCCGUUUGA